AUGUCUGAGAGCUUAGUUUUAGAAAAAUACACACCCUUUCCUAGAGAAACUAUUGUUAAUAUUGACUCUUGGAAGGAUACCAUUGAAAAAUUACCUUCCUAUCAUGCAGCAUGUUGGAUAUAUAAGGUCAAGACGAAUGGUGAUAUGUCUACUUUAAACGAAAAAGGCCAACCUAUGCCAAAGCGCGUAACAAGAAGAAGCAUCGUUUGGAAAAUUAAGUGCAUAUGCCAUAGAACUGGGACCUAUAAGAGUCGUACUGGCGUACAGACAGAAGAUAAAUCAUCUAAAAGCCGGCCAAUUCAGAAACCAAGCAAAAUGAUCGAUUGCAGAUGCUAUGUUACUGUCAUCUGUUAUUUUCUAGCACCUAAUCAGGUCACUAUUAAGCUUCAUAAUGAGCAUAAUAAUCUUGAUGAUAUCUCUUUUUUGCCUUUAUCAGAUAAUACGAAGGAAGCCAUAUUAUAA